AUGUCGUCCCGGAUCGAAGGCGAUCGGGAUUCGGAGCCCCAACUCAUUUUGAUUUUCAGCGGCAAACGCAAGUCGGGAAAAGACUACGUCGCGAAUCUCCUCGUCGAUCGGUUGGGAGACGACGUCUGCGACGUGGUUCGACUCUCGGCGCCUCUCAAAGCGGCUUACGCGCAGGAGCACGGCCUGGAUCUGGAGCAGCUUUUGGGCACGGGCGCUUACAAAGAAGAGUACCGGGCCGACAUGAUCCGCUGGGGCGAAGCUCGGCGCCGCGGAGACCCCGGUUUCUUCUGCCGCCUGGCCACCCGAGGGGCGAGCCGGCCCGUUUGGGUGGUGAGCGACGCGCGGCGGAUGUCGGACCUUCGCUGGUUCCGGUCCCGCUUUCCCGGCCGGACUCGCUGCAUCCGCGUGGAGAGCCGGCAAGAAACCCGCGGGCGGAGGGGGUGGAGCUUCACCGCAGGCGUGGACGACGCCGAGUCCGAGUGCGGCCUGGACAGCGGGGCGGACUUCCAUUGGACCGUCACCAACGAGGACGACGCCCCCUCGCUGGAUGAGCAGCUGCGGCCCGUCUUGGCGCUGGCGAACCAAGCCGCGGCUCCAGCGGGCGCGGCGCCGUGA